AUGGCAGACUCUCAAGAACAAGACCGAGAACCUCCUCAAAGCACAUCCUCCAAGAUCCUCCGCCCCGUCAAGGCCUUCAUCAAAGAACUCGGCCUCGUCACCCUCUACCACUCUCCCACCGACACAAAAAUCCUGAUCCUCCAACGCUUCGUCCGCCUCUUCGCCUACGGCGGCUCAACGCUGAUCCUCGCCUCGUACCUCUCCGACCUGGGCAACGAGGAUGCCCGGAUCGGCUUGUUCAUGACCCUGACGCUGGUCGGAGAUGUCUUUAUCAGUUUUCUGUUGACCCUGAUCGCCGACCAAUUGGGCCGAAGAUGGAUUCUCGUAUUGGGAGCCGCGUUGAUGUCGGCUAGCGGCGUGAUUUUUGCUCUCAGUGGGAAUUAUUGGGUUCUACUCGCCGGGGCUAUUCUGGGCGUGAUCAGCCCUGCUGGCAAUGAAAUCGGCCCCUUCCGCGCCAUCGAGGAGUCCACCAUCGCCCAUCUCACCGCCAGUGCCGACCGCAGCGACAUCUACGCCUGGUACUCCCUCAUCGGGACCGCGGGCACAGCACUGGGAUUCAUCGGGUGCGGCUGGAUCAUCACCUUGCUCCAGGAGAAAAAGCACUACGACUCCGUCGAGGCCUAUCGCAUCAUUUUCUUCAUCUACGCGGUCGUUGGGGCUGUCAAGCUAUGUCUGGCUCUUAUGCUGAGUAAAGAGUGCGAAGUUGACGCUCAGCCAAAAUCUGCCAACGCGACCGAAACGGCGCCCUUAUUGGGCAAUGACCGUGGAGCGCCGCAGAACAAGGACGACGAUCUUAAAAAGAAACGGCGAUGGAGACUUCUCCCUGAUAUCAGUAAAGAGAGCAAAGUCGUCCUGGUGCAAUUGUGUGUCUUGUUUGCCUUUGACAACUUUGCUUCCGGAUUGGCGCCAUUAUCCUGGGUGACGUACUUUUUCAAGCGAAAGUUCAAUCUGCCCGAGGGCAAGCUCGGGUCGAUAUUCUCUGUUACCGGCAUCAUCUCUGCCCUUUCUAUGCUCGUGGCAUCCUCCAUCUCAAAGAGGAUAGGGAACGUCAAGACCAUGGUCUUCACCCACCUCCCCUCGGCGAUCUGCCUCGCUUUGAUCCCUAUUCCAUCCACCCUACCUGGCGCCCUCGUCUUCCUGAUCGGCCGUGCCUGCACACAAGUCAUGGACGUGGCCCCGCGCUCUGCCUUUCUUGCCGCCAUUGUCUUACCACACGAACGCACGGCCGUCAUGGGCACUAUCAACGUGGUCAAGACGUGCGCGCAGAGCAUGGGACCCCUUAUCACCGGCGUUUUGGGAACGAAGAAUCACUUCUGGGUCGCUUUUGUCGCGGCGGGGUCACUCAAGGCGACGUAUGAUUUGGGGCUAUUGGCACUGUUUGCGGAGCGGAAGAGUCGGGAGGAGAGGAUCGCGGAGAGGGGAGAUGAGGAGAGCGAGGGCACGUCGAACGCGGGCUGA